CUUCCUUAACCAGAGCCCACCACCUCAAAAACCCCCCAAUUGUUGCUCUCUCUACCACCCCUCACAGCUAUGGAGGCUACUCCAUUUCACUCAGGUUUGGCACACCAACCCAAACCAUCCCUUUUCUGAUGGACACUAACAGUGAUUUCAAUUGGUUUCCAUUUACUCACCGUUACCUCUGCAAAAAUUGUUCCUUCUCUGCCUCUGACCCACCUAUCAUUCCUUCUUUUAUCCCCAAAUUGUCCUCCUCCUCCAAAAUUCUCAACUGUGAAAACCCCAAAUGCGGCUGGAUUCACAACCCAGAUGCUCGAUCUCGAUGCCAAGAUUGCGAACCCAGUUCCACAAAUUGUACAGAGAUCUGCCCGCCCUACUUGAUUCUCUACGGUUCGGGCACCACCGGCGGUAUCACGCCCGUCGAAACCCUAGAUUUGCCGGGGAAGAAGGUGCUCGACUUCGUCGUCGGCUGUUCUCUCUUCUCUUCCCGUCAACCCGCCGGAAUUUCCGGGUUCGGUCGAGGCUCUGCCUCGCUGCCGAGUCAACUCGGUCUCAAAAAUUUGACGACAGCAGUGAAAGCAGCUUGCUCGUGUUGGACGGCGAGUCAGAUUCCGGCCACAGGACCGAUAAUGUCAGCUACACCUCGUUCUUUAAAAUCCAGUGGUCGCCGAGAAACGGGCAUUUUCAGUAUACUAUUACGUCGGACUGAGAAAGAUCACCGUCUGGCGUAGAGCGAGUUUAAGAUUGUAUUUAUACAGAUGUCUUGUACAGAUACGUAUAGGAGACUAUUAGAUACGUACGAGAUAAAUAUUUUAUGCACAUACUUAGCAUGUCACCCAUGUCACAUCAGCAAUGGGCACCCUCCAGUGAGAGGGUGUCCGGAGACGAUUUUUCUCCUAACAUGACUAAUGUCUAUGUGAGAACAAUACAGACAGCUCGCGAGUCAUGUGCUCAUUGACCCACUUUACAAGUGGCCUUUUCCACUUGCAAUAUAGAUCAAUGCUAUCAAAAAAAAAAAAAAAAAAAAAAAAAAAAUUAAUGAGUUUUUGUCGACAUUUAAAAUGAAUACAAUCUCUAUCAACUGCACGUUUUGCAUAAUUACACGGUUUCACACCUAUCUAAUUUGAGAGAAGAACCCUAAUCUCUCUCUGACUCCAAAUUUCACCGUUUACAAUGAUGUUCUAAAUGGAUGAAGCUAAGAGCACUCGUAUCAACCUUUCAUGAAGCUAGCUUCAUCGUAUGUGUCAUUACACCGGCCAAUCAGUUGUUGAUUCCAACAAUUUUUGGUCAAACGAUACUAUCAAUCAGCAAUUAUCAGUAGUUUGUGAGGCCUAUUCUUAUUGCUUGCAUGGAGAUGUUGCAACUAUAUAUUAGACUUGUUUUGUUGACUCAACUCUCCUAUAAUUCUCUCCCUGUCUAAAUUAUCAAUCAACUUUUUAAAAUUUGGGUUGAUAAAUCAGGUGGAUAUAUAUAAUCCUUUGAAGCUGCUUGUGGGUCUUUUUUGUUCACUCUCUCUCUCUAAAACUCUUGUGGGUCUGUGUGAAGAGAGUAGACAACUAUGGUGGUUUGGUUUUGCUAUGAUAUGUAAUAAUACUAAUGCUUUUAAUUGUUGGAGAUGUGGUUUUGGGUUUGCUUAACCAGAUGAAGAUGGUUGGUGCAUUGAGAUGUUGUUUUGAGUUUUUGGGUGAUGUGUGUGUGUGAGAGACUGUGUUUUAGUGACGUCAAGAUGGCAGUGUAAUUAUACAAAGGUGGGAGGUGUGACUGUAUUAAUAAAGGCCAAAAAAAAAAAAAUACACAAGGUGGGUGAGAAUGUACUUUUACACUAAAUAGUAAUGGAGUUAAAAGAAGAAGAGGUCGGCGUAGGGCGGUGUAAUGAAACCACGGGGUUUCCGGUGAAAUAUUUAAGUCACAUUUAGUAGUUGGGGAAGUCACAAAUUAUGAAUGUAUAGGUCAGAUAUCAAAAAGUGUCGAAAGAAGCGCCACACUACGUACCCUAACCUCACAAUCAAAUCCACCACCACGAGCUUUCCCGUGACAAUCGAGUGAUGGGGUUGAACUGUAAUUCAAUGAACAGUAUCUAUUUUUGUGAGAGACAGAAAAAGCACCCACGUUUUAAACCAUAGAAGCAACCUCCUUUGUCCAUCUUGUGUGUUCAUUCAAACAUUAAUUGAGCGCGCAAAUGUAAGCAAAACAUUGAAAGUUAUAUUUAAUUUUUUAAAAGAGUAAUGAUAGGGAGGUGAAAAGAAAUUCCCGAAUUAACAUUGUAGUUGGCUAUACUUAUCACGUGUUAAACAA